AUGCCUAACGCAAGUCAAAAUAUUCGAGUACCAAGCAAUACUCAUCCUUCUCAUUUAUACAGUGACACACUCUAUCCUUCGGAUAUAGAAGAAGAGGAACCAUUUUAUUCGGCCCAAGGAACUCCUAUUUCCAGACCACAAUCGAUCAGAACCACAAUUCAAAACUUUGCUGGUUCUUAUUCGCGUGCCUCUAUUCUCUAUGUAGCAGACGCUAUUUCUAUCCAAGACAAUGCUGCAGAAGAUGAAGAACAUCAAACUUUAUUCAAAACACAGACUUCUGAAUCCGAUAAACCAAUCUAUCGUACAUUCUCUCAACGGACCACGGAUCACAGUCAUGCUGGUCAUUUUGAGCCUCUUUCCCGUCAUACAACCGUGGGUUCCAUUAUUUCUAGACAGCUAUCGGGCACCGAACCAGUAAAUGGGGUCUAUGAUUCAAAAUCGAUGGAUACAAGACCCGAAAGAAAAAGCAGCUUCGUGCAGACUAUAUUUAAUGCUGUCAAUGUCUUGGUCGGUGUGGGUAUCUUGGCCUUACCGCUUUCAUUUCGUUUAGCAGGUUGGUUGUAUGGUUCUAUUAUUCUAGUAUUCUGUUGUCUUGCCACCAAUUAUACUGCUAAAAUUAUUGUGAAAUGUUUGAACGCAAACAAAAACCCGGAAGACGAUGAACAUGGUGGUAGUUAUGGUGAUAUGGGCCAGAUAGCCUUUGGUGAUAAAGGUCGAACCUUGAUUAGUUCAGUAUUUGUUAUUGAACUUAUCACCAUAGGUGUGGCUAUGAUUGUUUUAUUGGGUGAUGGUAUACAAUCUUUGUUUCCAGAAAUUGAUCUGUUAUCAACAAGACUUAUUUCGUUCUGCGUACUUACUCCCACGGUAUUUAUUCCCAUAAAGAAGUUAGCGUACACUAGCUUAAUCGGUAUUAUUGGUUGUGUGAGUCUUGUGAUCAUUGUCUUUUACGAUGGUAUUUCAAAAGAGACAAGACCUGGUAGCCUUCUUGACCCCAUGGAAACAGAAAUUGUUCCAUAUGAUAUAUCCAAUCUUCCCCUGAGUUUUGGAUUGAUCAUGUCUGGUUUUGCUGGUCAUGCUGUGUUCCCAUCACUUUAUCGAGAUAUGGAAACACCGAAGCAAUAUAAUCAGAUGGUGGAUAUCACUUAUGCAAUUACUGCCGUUGUCUAUAUCUUUAUGGCUAUAAUUGGUUAUCUCAUGUUUGGUCAAGAAGCCUUACAAGAAAUCACACAGAACUUGGCCUUGAUAGACGAAUAUAGCAAAUCUCUAAACCGGUUUGCUAUCUGGUUACUGGUCUUAACUCCUUUAGCAAAAUAUGGUCUAAUGAUGCAACCGCUCAAUAUUAGUUUGGAACUGUCCUUGUUUAAGAAUCCUCUGGUUGAAACAUGGUUGAAGUUGGAGCAUCACAUUGACUCUUGGCGUAAAAAUAUUAUUAGAAUUGUAGGCAGAGUUUUUUUAACUGCUAUUCUGGUGUAUAUCGCACUUGUAUUUCCUGGAUUUGAUAAAGUCAUGUCUCUACUUGGGGCUCUAUUUAGCUUCACGAUAUCCAUCAUAUUUCCAUUGGUUUGUCAUCUUCAGCUGUUUAGACACAAGUUAUCUAUCACCGAAACCAUCCUAAACUGGCUCCUGUUGGUCAUUGCUAUAAUCAUGGCCUCGUUUGGCACUAUAUGGAGCUUUCGCCCUAGUGAACUUUAA